AGGAAGGGCUGCAGCUUUACAGCAACAGAGUUUAGACUGUCUACGCUUCAUCCUCUGAAGGUAAAAUUUUCCAGAUACGGCAGACGGCGUUCAGAGUACAAUAAACUGGGAAGGAGAACUAUUGGCAUGGAAAUUUCUUCCUCAUGAUGCAGUGGAGAAGCCUGGGCCGCUCGAUUCUGCCAGAUGUUCCCGGGGUUACUGUACAGGGGAAGGAGGAGCAGAACGAAACAAGGUUCAUGAUUUAAGAGUGCCUGUGCGAAGUCACUUUUGCUGCAGACUGGGAGCUCCUUUUACAUUCACAUCUCGUUUUUCUGUCAAGUACACUUUACCCUGACCUUAUGAGUGGAUGAAGAUACCUCAGUGGUCUGACAUUGCCAAUUGCUUAAUUUCAGAAUUUCAGCGGAACGCAGGAAGGAGAUCUACUAGAGUAUGAGUGUCUGAGAGGCUUCUUUCCCAGCAGCACCCGAGCUGAGCAUCAAAACUGAAUAUUCUCCGAAGGAGUGCCAUGAUAUUAAAGCCACUUUAUUAAAAAACACUUACAUCUGCAAGACAGUCAAGAGGCUCAGGCACAGAAAGCCAGAGAUGACACUGAGCAUGUUUUUAUUGCGGCCUGAAGUCUUCAAGUGGGGCAUAUUGAUUGAUGUGUGACUGCCUGCCAAUAGAUUCUCUCAGUGCUCCGUCUCCUGGAUUGAACUUCAUUAAGCAACUUAUCACUUACCUGCGGACUUACAUGUGGGAGUUUUCACACCAGUAGCUUUGGAGUCAUUGGAACUGGGAUUGAUUUCUUCCUUCAGCAGAAACUAACAGCCCAAAGUACUUUCGCAUCAUGGCUUUGAACGUUGCUCCAGUCAGAGAUACAAAGUGGCUGACAUUAGAAGUCUGCAGACAGUUCCAGAGAGGAACGUGCUCACGCUCGGAUGAGGAAUGCAAAUUUGCUCACCCCCCAAAAAGUUGUCAGGUUGAAAAUGGAAGAGUCAUUGCCUGCUUUGAUUCCCUAAAGGGCCGUUGCUCCAGAGAGAACUGCAAGUAUCUUCAUCCUCCAACACACUUAAAAACUCAACUAGAAAUUAAUGGGAGGAACAAUUUGAUCCAGCAAAAAACUGCAGCAGCGAUGCUUGCCCAACAGAUGCAAUUUAUGUUUCCAGGAACUCCGCUGCAUCCAGUGCCCACUUUUCCUGUAGGUCCCGCCAUAGGGACAAAUACGGCUAUUAGCUUUGCUCCUUACCUAGCACCUGUAACCCCUGGAGUUGGGUUAGUCCCAACGGAAAUUCUGCCUACCACGCCCGUUAUUGUUCCCGGAAGUCCACCGGUCACUGUCCCGGGCUCAACUGCAACUCAGAAACUUCUCAGGACUGACAAACUGGAGGUAUGCAGGGAAUUCCAGAGAGGAAACUGUGCCCGGGGAGAGACCGACUGCCGCUUUGCACACCCCGCAGACAGCACCAUGAUCGACACAAACGACAACACCGUAACCGUUUGUAUGGAUUACAUAAAGGGGCGUUGCAUGAGGGAGAAAUGCAAAUAUUUUCACCCUCCUGCACACUUGCAGGCCAAAAUCAAAGCUGCGCAGCACCAAGCCAACCAAGCUGCGGUGGCCGCCCAGGCAGCCGCGGCCGCGGCCACAGUCAUGACUCAGUCGACUGCCAAAGCAAUGAAGCGACCUCUCGAAGCAACUGUAGACCUGGCCUUUCCUCCCGGUGCUCUUCACCCCUUACCAAAGAGACAAGCACUUGAAAAAAGCAACGGUGCCAGCCCGGUCUUCAACCCCAGCGUCUUGCACUACCAGCAGGCCCUGACCAGCGCGCAGUUGCAGCAGCACACGGCGUUCAUCCCCACAGUACCCAUGAUGCACAGCGCUACGUCCGCCACUGUCUCUGCAGCAACAACUCCUGCAACAAGUGUCCCCUUCGCAGCAACAGCCACAGCCAAUCAGAUAAUUCUGAAGUAAUCAGCAGAAAUGGAAUGGAAUGUCAAGAAUCUGCAUUGAGAAUAACUAAACAUUGUUACUGUACAUACUAUCCUGUUUCCUCCUCAAUAGAAUUGCCACAAACUGCAUGCUAAAUAAAGAUGUAGUUCUUCUGGACAGACCACAACUCUAAGAAGCUAGUGCUGCUAUAUCAUAUAUGAGUAUUAAAUAUGGUAUGCUUAGUAUAUUCCAACCUAAGAUAGUUAACUACCUGAGACCAGCUGUGAUGUUUAAAGACAUAAAGGAUAAAGUUUACUUUUAAAGGGUUUCUAAACAUAGUUUCUGUCCUAGGAAUAUUGUCUUAUCUCCAUAACUAUAGCUGAUGCAGGAAAGUCCAGAAAAUGUACUCAUUUCGACUCAGAAUACUUCAAAUUUAGCAAUAAAUAAUUAGCAUUAGUUCAACCUAUUCCAAGGGCAGGUUCGAUUCUAACUCCAAUCACUGUCAUUUCAUGUACUCACUGGAUCUAAGGGUAUGUUUCACUUCUCAAAACGAUGAACGCUGCAGCAAAGACGAGAAGUGAAGUAAAACAGAUAGAUACCUGCCCUGCAGGUCUAAACUCUGAAUGGAAGCCCAAGCACAAGUACAGGGGACACAUCAAAGUGUGGUAUUGGGUUUGCCUGGAGAUGCCGCAUUGAAUCAUGGGAUUCUCGAAUAACAUUAAAUAGAUUGAAAAAGAAACUUUGCACGGUAUGAGAUUCAUACCCCACCCAACAAAGUCUUGAAGGUAUUAUUUUACAAGUAUAUUUUUAAAGUUGUUUUAUAAGAGAGACUUUGUAGAAGUGCCUAGAUUUUGCCAGACUUCAUCCAGCUUGACAAGAAUGAGAGGCCCACGCCAAUAGUCUAAUCUAAGGGAUUAGUCUUUCAAACUCACCAUCCGGUUGCCUGUUACAGAAUAACUCUUCUAAACUAAAACCCUAGUCAAACAAGGAAGCUGUAGGUGAGGAGAUCUGUAUAAUAUUCUAAUUUAAGUAAGUUUGAGUUCAGUCACUGAAAAUUCGAUUGUGACUUUAAUCUAAAUUACUAUGUAAACAAAAAGUAGAUAGUUUCACUUUUUAAAAAAUCCAUUACAGUUUUGCAUUUCAAAAGUUGGAUUAAAGGGUUGUAACUAACUACAGCAUGGAAAAAUAGUUCUUUUAAUUCUUUCACCUUAAAGCAUAUUUUAUGUCUCAAAAGUAUAAAAAACUUUAAUACAAGUACAUACAUAUUAUAUAUACACAUACAUAUAUAUACUAUAUAUGGAUGAAACAUAUUUUAAUGUUGUUUACUUUUUUAAAUACUUGGUUGAUCUUCAAGGUAAUAGCGAUACAAUUAAAUUUUGUUCAGAAAGUUUGUUUUAAAGUUUAUUUUAAGCACUAUCGUACCAAAUAUUUCAUAUUUCACAUUUUAUAUGUUGCACAUAGCCUAUACAGUACCUACAUAGUUUUUAAAUUAUUGUUUAAGAAACAAAACAGCUGUUAUAAAUGGAUAUUAUAUGUAAAUGUUUAAAACAUCCAUUUUCUUUGUGAACAUUUUAGUGAUUGAAGUAUUUUGACUUUUGAGAUUGAAUAUAAAAUAUUUUAAAUUUUGGCAUCAUCGCCUGUUAUGAAAACUAGAUGCACCAACCAUAUCAUUUUUUUGUUUAAGAAGAAAGAAAUCUGCAUUUUAAUUCAUGUUGGUCAAAGUCUAAUUACUAUCUAUUUAUCUUAUAUUGUAGAUCUGAUAGCCCUAUCAAAAGAGAAUCACAUUCUAAGUGUAAUCUUACAUAGUGCUUGUAUCGUUGCAUUUGUUUUAAUUUGUGGAAAGUUUUGUAUCUAACUUGUAUUACUUUGGUAGUUUCAUCUUUGUGUAUUAUUGAUAUUUGUAAUUUUCUCAACUAUAACAAUGUAGUUAUGCUACAACUUACCUAAAACAUUCAAACUUGUUUUCUUUUUUCUUUUUAUUUCUUUGUUGAUUCAUUUAAACUCAUUGAAAACAUAGUAUACAUUACCAAAAGGUAAAUUAUGGGAAUCACUGAUAUAUUUUUGUAGAUUAAUUAUUAUAACAUUGUCUUUUUUUCUUUCAUGAUUUUGAUUUUAAAAAUUAUUAGCACACGACUAUUUUCAGCCCUUUAAUAAUGGAGCAUCAAAAACAUCACCUCUAUCCCCAAGCAAAUAUAGAAAACUGUAUUUUUUACUAUGGUAUCCAUUUUCCAGAAUUGUGAUUAUAAUAUGCAAAGAAUCGUAAAUAUGCCAUUUACAGUAAGGAGGAGGCAAGGCAAAUGCAUAGAUGUACAAAUAUAUGUACAACAGAUUUUGCUUUUUAUUUAUUUAUAAUGUAAUUUUAUAGAAUAAUUCUGGGAUUUGAGAGGAUCUAAAACUAUUUUUCUGUAUAAAUAUUAUUUGCCAAAAGUUUGUUUAUAUUCAGAAGUCUGACUGUGAUGAAUAAAUCUUAAAUGCUUUGUUUAAUUACAAAACCAAAAUCACCAAUAUCCAAGACAUGAAGAUAUCAAUUCAACAAAUACUGUAGUUAAGAGACUAACUCUCCACUUGUAUGGGAACUACAUUUCACUCUUGGUUUUCAGGAUAUAACAGCACUUCACAGAAACAUUCUUUCAGCCAUAUACCACUGGUAACAUUUCUACUAAAUCUUAAAGAAUUCCCUCAUUCAUUAUCUUACAGUGUAAACAGGAGUCUAAUUUGUAUCAAUUCUAUGUUUCGGUUGUAAUAUUCAGCUCACUCACCCAAUGUACAACCAAUGAAAUAAAAGAAGCAUUUAAAAGGA